AUGUCAACCCAAACAGAAGUGAAACCAAGUGCGACCUAUGGCAGCACCAAUGGGCAUCUUGAAAAGUACACUCACCCCCCAGAGACCAAGGAAAAGCUCGACUACGCAGAUUUGACCUCCAUCGAUCUCUCCGAGUUCGACCGUCCGGGUGGAAAGGAGAAACUUGCGGCGCAAUUGAAGGAUGCUGCACAUGAAGUUGGUAUGACACCUGUCCCUCGCUCUUAUUUCUGUUCCUUGGAUGCACCCGAUGCUGACCUGACCUGUGUCCUAGGCUUCUUCUACGUUACGAACUUCGGUCUCACCCAGGAAGAAAUCGACCGGCAAUUCGCCAUCGGACGCGAGUUCUUCGCUCUUCCCGAGGAAGAACGGAUGCAGUACCGCGCGCCGCUCGAGGAAGGAAUCUACAAUGGUUAUCGUCCCCUGGGCUCCAUCGAGAUUCUACCGGGACUGCGCGACAAUAUCGAAUUCUACAACGUAAUGAAAUUCCUCCCCCAGUAUGAACGCAAGCAUCCCGAUGUCUAUCGACAGCACUGGGCGGAGAUCGAGAAGUUCCAUCGGCAUGUGCAUGAGCACGUUGCCUACAGGCUCUUCCGUUUGCUGGCCAUGAUCCUCGAGAUCCCCGAAGAUCAGCUGGAAAACGGCCAUCGCUAUGAGGCCAACUGCGACAGCGGUCUGCGCUACAUGAUGUACCGCGCGCGCUCCGAGGAGGAAAACAACAACUUCAGAGACCUCUAUUCGCGUGGUCACACGGACAAUGGAACCAUUACCUUUGUCUUCCAGCAGCCAGUCGCCGCAUUGCAGGUGAAGAAAUACGAGAACUCGGACUGGGAAUGGCUGCGCAUCCCUCCCGGCGCGAUCGCCGUGAACAUUGCUGACAUGCUCUCAAUUGUGUCGAAUGGAUACCUGAAAAGUGGGAUCCAUCGAGUGGUUGUGCCCCCCGAGGACCAAGCAUGCAACGACCGACUGGGACUGCUGUAUUUCGUUCGUCCAAGUGACCGACUGAUGCUGAAGACUGUGGACAGCCCGCUGUUGCGCCGGCUGGGAUACUACGAGGAGGGAAAGAAUGCCGAUAUUGAUGUUCCGGCCAUUGAGUGGACCCGGGCGCGUGUUCGCAAGAAUUGGUCCAGGUCACCAACGGAUCCCAAUGCGGGUACGACUCUGGCGGGUUUCUCGGUGAAGCAUUUCCAUGAUUGA